AUGGAAUUAUUAAAUGUAAAGAAUGAAGAUAAUAUGUCAUUAAGGACAAUGAAAUAUUCAAAUAUCCAAUUUGAAGCAACAAGUGAUAUGUCAUCAAAUAUAGAUUCGUCUUUUUUUUCGGUUGGAGAAAUACCAAAUGAAUUACAAAGUAGUUUUGAUGAUAUUUCAGAUUAUAUAUUAGUUGAUGAAUCAGAUUUAAAAAGGGAAAGAUUAGAAAACACAGGUAGCGAAAGUAACGAUACAGUAGCAACAAAAGAUGGAACAGGAAAAAGAGGAACACAUGCUCAGAUACUUAAGGAAUUAAAAAGUUCAAGUUUUUCUGAAGCUAGUAAAGCUAGUAGUGAUCAAACAAAUAAUAAUGAUAAUAAAAAAAAUGGAUUAUGUAGAACAUUAGGAACAGAGGGUAGAAAAAGAAUGUUAAAAUUAUUAAGAAAAGCUUAUAAAUAUAAUGAAGAAUGUAAAGUUAUUAUGAAAAAUAAAAAUCCACCUUUAUCAAUUAGUUAUUUGCCAUAUUUUAAUUUAUCAAUGUUAUGGCAAUUAGCCGAAGAUUUUGGUGUAUAUAAUGAAGCUUUAAAAAUACAUCGUGAAUGUAUAAAAAAAAGAACUACUAAUGUACGAUUUAAAGGAAAUAAAAAUUCAGGAAAUUAUAAUAUUCAAGAAAUUCCAAAAAAUUCUAAAACUUCAAAAAAUGAAUAUAUGUCUGAUUAUUUAUCAUCAAAUGUUGACACACAAGGUGGUGAAUUUUACGACUCAAUGAAUACUACCAUUCAAGAUGAUGCUCAAGGAAAACGAAAAAGAAAAAAAAAUACAUUUUAA